AUGGCUUCAUCAGUACAACCAAAAAUGAAGGGAAAAAAAUAUCAAAACGGACUCUCAAAAGAACUUCUCAUUCGUCUUCGUCUCAUCACUAAUCUCGAUGAUUAUCCUCUUGAAUUGACUGACACCUCGUUGUCUUUAGUAGAUUCAUAUGCUCCUCAACUUCGUGGUUCUUGUACACUCUAUUGGUAUCUACCUAGAGAUCCUUUGAACAUUACCGAGUAUCGUCGUUGUACGGUUUUACCUGCUCAUACUCCAUAUUUCGCUCCACCUGCAAUACCUGCUUAUCUACCCGGUGGUCCUCGACAACGAGCUCACGUUUGUAAACCGUUUUAUACUUCUCUUUUGCCUCUCUUGCUUACUGCUCGACAUGCUCGUGUUGAUAUUCGUCAGUAUGAUAUUGUAUGUGAAAGAAAUUCAAUUCGUAAAUUUGUCAAUAAUAAUGAAGAUUAUAUAAUUAGUGUCGCUCGGGUCGGUUCUAUUAUAUUCUUAAGGCGUCAUCCUUCAUACCGUAGUGUCGAUAGAAACGAUGUUGGAUUUCGUUUCGAGCAGAUGUGUACCAUUCAAAAUGGUUUUGUCGAUGGUACCUAUCAUCGAUUGGCUGAAGGACAAAUUGGUGAAUUACGCGUAUUAAUAUUAGCUGAAACAGAUGCCGUCAAACAAGAGAAUUUUCGAGAAUCAAUUGAACUGAAGUGCCAACAAAAAACUGUGAACAAAUCACAGCAACAUGAUUGGUGGUUACAAGCAUUUCUCGAUUAUAUAAUUAGUGUCGCUCGGGUCGGUUCUACUAUAUUCUUAAGACGUCAUCCUUCAUAUCGUAGUGUCGAUAGAAACGAUGUUGGAUUUCGUUUCGAGCAGAUGUGUACCAUUCAAAAUGGUUUUGUCGAUGGUACCUAUCAUCGAUUGGUUGAAGGACGAAUUGGUGAAUUACGCGUAUUAAUAUUAGCUGAAACAGAUGCCGUCAAACAAGAGAAUUUUCGAGAAUCAAUUGAACUGAAGUGCCAACAAAAAUUUGUGAACAAAUCAAAGCAACAUGAUUGGUGGUUACAAGCAUUUCUCGGUGGAACAAAUACUAUUAUUCACGGUCGUCGUUUGAAUGCUGAUCGGUCACAAAUUACACAUAUCAAGGAAUAUGAUAUUUCAGAAUUAAGCGAUGCACAAACAAAGAUUCAGAGUUUUCAACGUAUUCAUCGAGUUCUUCAAUUUCUUGGUGCAAAUGUGUUCGAAGAACGAACCUAUUUGCUACGGCAACAGACAGACGAUCAGAUAAAAAAGAAAAAAAUAUAUUUAUAUGAAGCGAUAAAUGACGCUGACAUCGAAAUAUUGACAUUUAUUACACGAGACAUUUUGGAUCAAUUGGCUAUCAAUCAUUAA